UUCGUCAUCCAUCAUUUGCCCACGUAACCAAAAUGGAGAGAGCAUCUUCAAAAAAUAUCCUCCUACUAAUCAGUCAUUUUCUCUUAAUAAGUUCGUCUUCAAGUCAAAAUCUCAUCAGAUUUAGUGCCGAUGAUGCCGUGCGAAGUGACGCGAGAGACUUGCAAAUUUUACAACCUCCCGGUUUUAUUCCAAACAAUGGAGACCUUGGGAUUCAAUUGUUACUAAAAAGUUCGGUGCAACAGGCGAAGGAUUUUGUGUCAACUAGCGAACAACCUGAUCAAGCAUUUUUUAAUUACUCUGCCGCCUCCGCCAAAGGACACGGAUUAGGAGGUCACGUUUACUGCAAAUUUACUCCAACCACUCUGAAAAUUGGGAGAUUAUCAAACAUAAACAUAAAGUCGUAUGAAAUUCUCACGGGAAAAUAUCAAAUUCGGAAAGACCAAGUCCUCCCCUACUUGACUCAAAGAUUGCCAGAUUAUUGCAAAAAAGAAGAAGUUCUUCCAUUAGUCUGCAAUCCCAGUUCUCGCUACAGAACAAUUGAUGGGACAUGUAACAACAUUGGUAAUCCAUAUUGGGGCUCGUCCUUCAUCGAGUUUCGGCGUCUGGUACCCUCGGCGUAUGAAGAUGGUUGGAACGAACCACGUGGCGGAGGAUUUCACCUGCCAGCCACAAAUCUCCCCAACGUCCGCGCCGUUUCCGUCUCACUUCAUCCCGAUUAUGUUCAUCCCGACCAGAAAAUGACCAAUAUGAUACCUCAAUUUGGACAAUUUUUAGACCACGACAUGACGCUUACACCCGAAUCGGAUAAAAGAUGUUGUUCCAAAGAUUCCAAAAACAUGGACUGUUUCCCCAUCCGAAUUCCAAACAAUGAUUACUUCUUCUCACAAUUAGAGCAACCACAGGAAUGCAUGGAUUUCACUCGAUCCACACCUCUCUGUUUUCCCGGUAGUUCUUCCAGCCCCAGUCACGCGCAGCGGGAACAGUUCAACGUCCUCACCGCCUUUGUCGACGCGUCCCAUGUGUACGCAUCCGAGGUGAAUAAAAGCCAUUUGCUUCGAGCCUGGUACGGCGGACGGUUUAUAACGGACGAAAACCAUCCCGGCUUCCUCCCCACGGUAGCCUCCGUCCAAGCCAGGGCGCCCCCCGGAGAGAAACUCCACUUCAUGGGUCACUUCUACGGAGGUGAGGAACGCGUCAAUGAAAUGCCCGCCUUGACCGUGAUGCACACCCUCUUUUUCCGGGAACAUAACCGUUUGGCGGACCAAAUCGCGGGAAAACGGCCGCAUUGGGAUGACGAAACCAUUUUCCAAGAAGCUAGACGAAUCCUGGUGGCGGAAUGGCAAAACUUUGUGUAUGGAGAGUACCUCCCCAUAAUUUUUGGCGGGAAGACCAUGACCCGAUACGGGUUGGCAUUUGACGACAAGAGAAUCUAUACCGAGUACAAUUCCGCCUUGGAUCCCAGUAUUUUCCACGCCUUUGCCGACGCCGCGUACCGUUUCGGACACACCUUGUUGAACGGUUUGAUCAGAAUGAUGAAGGGCUUCCAGGUCAUGAAGGAGUACAAGAUUAGAGACAAUUUUUUCGACCACGAGCAGAUAACUUUUAACGGGGGAGAAGGAUACGACUUAAUUUUGGGGGGACUUAUGGCACAAAAUUCGCAAACUUAUGACACCUUCAUUACUCAAGAUGUCACUAAUUUCCUCCUGAAAGAAAAGGGUAACAAAUUUGGAGGCGAUUUGAUAGCGCGGAACUUGCAGCGGGGAAGAGACCACGGUUUACCGGGCUAUUUCAUGUAUCGCGCCCUCUGCGAUUUGCCGCCACUGACGGAUAAUUGGAACAAUAGGCCGGCAAAUAUUCCAGAAAAUGUGUGGAAUGUUUUGAAAACCUUGUACGUUAGUCCGAUGGACAUUGAUCUCUUUUCUGGAGGGCUGAGCGAAGUUCCCGUCACGGAUGGAGUUACUGGACAUACGUUUAAUUGUUUGAAGGCGCUACAGUUCAAAAGAGCGAAGUAUGGGGAUCGAUACUUUUUUACGCAUUCGCAUCAGGCCGGAUCAUUUACGCGAGAGCAGAUUCAAACCUUAAGAAGGAGAACGUUGGGAGAUGUGAUUUGCGAAAAUAGUGGGGUCGAAAUGACAACAAAGAAUGUUUUCAAGAUGCCCAGUGAGGAGAAUAGAAUGAUAAGUUGUGGCGACGCUGGGCGGGAAAGAUUAAAUGUUGAAAUGUUUUUAAUUAAUUAAGUUUGUAUCCGUUUUUUAUAUUUUUUAUACGAAUAAAUUAUGUUGCGAAUAUUUGCAAUUUUUGUACGAUAUUAUGAAAUAUCUUCAAUAUCUUUGCGUUUUCGGAUGUGUUAUAAUCUGUUGAAAGUAUAUGUGACACGUAAUGUUUAGUUGAUUAAAUGCAAUUAUUUAGUUGCCAAUUAUGUCUA